GUCAUUUUUUAGUUCUCCUUUCUCAUUCCUUUUCCUUUUCAAUUUUUUUUUGCGAGUGCGCGUGUAUUGGAUUGACAAGGUCGGAUAAUGAAAUUGUCACAAGUUCGGCACCUUGCAUUACGCUUGACACUUGCACAGAAUGUCCAAAUAACCACUAAAAGUAAAGAUAGAUUGGUCUUUCCCACUGCAUUUUUAUUGGCUGGCCUAGGAGUUGGUGUCUCGUCUUUCAGUUUGAAGCAGUUACUGUCAGCAAAACGUAUGAAAUGAAUCAAUUAAAAUGAAUUUCGCUCACAUCAGUUUUUAGUUUGUUUUAUGGAAAGUAAACUAUUAGAUGCAA